GUCGUGUAUCUGGCCGGUUGUGAGGCUUCGCUCCUCUUCCGUGAUCAGAGCCCGGACUCUGGAGGCAGAACCGAGAGGAAAACUGCGAAAUAAAGCGGCGGCCAGGUGUGAAGGAUGGCCGAGGAGCAUUACCUGGAGCUGAGCGAGAACCCCGUGCAGUUCGAACAUGCCUCGAGCGUCAACAACGUCUUCUUCGACGAGGCCAACAAGCAGGUGUUCGCGGUGCGUUCAGGUGGAGCCACCGGCGUGGUGGUUAAAGGUCCUGAUGACAAGAGCAGCGUCGCCUUCAGGAUGGACGAUAAAGGAGAAGUGAAAUGCAUCAAGUUCUCCAUCGGUAACAAGAUCCUGGCUGUGCAGAGAACCUCCAAGUCUGUGGAUUUCAUCAACUUCAUCCCCGACUACCCGCACACAGAGUUCAGUCAGGAGUGUAAGACGAAGAACGCCAAUAUAUUAGGUUUCUGUUGGACCAACUGGAACGAGAUCGUCUUCAUAACCGACCAGGGAAUCGAGUUUUACCAGGUGUUUCCAGACAAGCGCAGCCUGAAGCUGCUGAAGAGUCAGAGCAUCAACGUGAACUGGUACCAGUACUGCCCUGAGACCGCCGUCAUCCUGCUGUCCACCACCGUGCAGGGGAACAUCCUGCAACCCUUCGCCUUCAGGAACGGGACCAUGUGCAAGAUGUCCAAGUUUGAGAUCGAGCUGCCCGUCGUCCCCAAACCCGCCAAACUCAGCCUGUCAGAGAGAGACAUCGCCAUGGCAACCAUGUAUGGUCAGCUGUACGUGAUGUACCUGAAGCAUCACUCGAGGACGGCCAACAGUCCCAGUGCAGAGGUGGUGCUGUACCACCUGUCCAGGGAGGGUUCCUGUAAGAAGAGUCACGUGCUGAAGCUGAACACGACGGGCAAGUUUGCUCUGAACAUCGUCGACAACCUGGUGGUGGUUCAUCACCAGAGCUCGCAGACGUCGCUGAUCUUCGACAUCAAGCUGAAGGAGCCCGACUGUGCCCUGAACAUCCACCAGCCCGUCCUGCCUGCCAGGUCCAUCCACCCCUACAGGAUCCCGCUGUCAGGGCCGGCGGUCGUUCCUUCGCAGCCUCCGGUGCCGUGUCAACUCUACUCCUCCUCCUGGAGCGUCUUCCAGCCAGACAUCAUCAUCAGCGCCAGCGAAGGUUACCUGUGGUACCUGCAGGUGAAGCUGCCGCCCACAGUCAACCUGCUGCAGGACAAAGGCAAACUGAUGGACUUCCUGUUACGGCGCAGAGAGUGCAAGAUGGUCAUCCUGUCGGUCUGCUCGCAGAUUCUGGAGGUCGGCGAGAAGGGAAGUCUUCCUGUUGUGGCGACCGUGUUCGACAAACUCAACCAGGUGUACAAAGAUUACCUGGAGGCGGAGCAGAGCUACACUCAGGCGAUGGAGUCCGGACCGAGCCGAGGAAGCGCCGCCCAGAAGCGUCCGGUCAGAACUCAGGCCGUCAUCGACCAGUCAGACAUGUACACGCACGUCCUGUCCUCGUUCACGGAGAGGAAGGGUGUCUCCCACAAGUUCAUCAUCGCCGUGCUGAUGGAGUACAUCCGCUCUCUGAACCAGUUCCAGAUCACCGUCCAGCAUUACCUGUACGAGCUGGUGAUCAAGACGCUGGUGCAACACAACCUGUUCUACAUGCUGCACCAGUUCCUGCAGUACCACGUCCUCAGCGACUCCAAACCUCUGGCGUGUUUGCUGCUGUCUCUGGAGAGCACGUACCCACCCGCACACCAGCUGUCCCUGGACAUGCUGAAGCGUCUGUCCACUGCCAACGACGAGAUCAUCGAGGUUCUGCUGUCGAAGCAGCAGGUUCUGGGCGCGCUCAGAUUCAUCCGCAGCGUCGGCGGCCACGACAACGCGUCUGCGCGGAAGUUCCUGGACGCGGCGCGGCAGACCGGAGACCAGAUGCUGUUCUACACAGUGUUUAGGUCGUUCCAGCAGAGAAACCAGCGACUCAGGGGAAGCCCCGCCUUCAACCCAGGUGAGCACUGCGAGGAGCACGUGGCUCACUUCAAGCAGCUGUUUGGGGAGCAGGCGCUGAUGAAGCCCUCCACCGUGUGAGCCCAGUCUCCUUGGCGAGGAGACGACCCGACAGGACACAAAUCACCACAUACGUUCACGUGCAUACGAGUGUCCUGCUGCAUGAAACCCCACCAUGAGACUCCACCUGUGUGUGAAGCCACAGAGCAUCCUAGCAUACCGCCCCCGGGAUUAAGAAAAGGUGGUGUUACGGUGGCCCAAUCCCUGCUGCUCCACCUUAAAUGUUAACAGGAUGUGUUAAUUAAUGAUUGUUUUUGCUAAAAUCACUGAAGUGUGUCGUCUGAAUCCUUCUUCCUCUGCGGCUCUAACACCUUCAUGUGGUCGGGUUUACCUGCACAGGUGAUCCUGACCUGUAAAUGAUUCCAGGUUAGUUUGUUUGCGUGUGAAUGUACUCAGUGGAAAGCAGCUCAGGUGAAACGUCGCUCUGAUAUCACCUGUUGUGGGAGGGGCCAGAGCCUGCACUGUUGUGUGUUUGUGGGGUGCAGAUGAAUGUGAGGUGUAUAUUCUGUAAGAUAAAGAUGUAGGGAUGGGUACCAGUAUCGGGUGCCAUUAUGGCACCGGUUCUGACAUAAACGGUAGUAACCAGACCGAAAAGCAGCGCACAUUUCGGUGCUUUUUUUUUUUCUUUUUCUUUUUCAUGAC